AUGUCAAGGGACGUGGCUGCCGCUUGGGACGUGGAGUUGAGUGAUGGAGCUUACCAUAUUGAAUUUGAACACGGAACAACAACAGGAAAACGUGUUAUUUACAUUAAUGGAAAGGAGAUUAUGAGAAGAGACUGGAUGUUCAAACUAGUGGGCAAAGAAACAUUCACUGUUGGAGUAUUGGAGACGAAAGCCACCAUAAACGUAGAGGCCGUCAGUGGUUUUGCCUAUGAAUACAGUUUAAAUAUCAAUGGAAAGAACUACAAAACCUUCAUGGACAAUCGCUCCAAAAUAAGCAAAACCUGGACUCUGAAGCUGGAUGGUAUGGACUACCGAAUUGUACUGGAGAAAGACACCAUGGAUGUCUGGUGUAAUGGCGACAGGAUGGAGACAACGGGGGAAUUUGCAGACGAUGGCACAGAAACCCACUUUGAUGUGGCGAACCACAGCUGCUGUGUGAAGGCCUUCAGUAGUGGGCACAAGAGGAGCGGCAUCAUACAUCUGCUUCUAGUGGAUGGGCAGCGCGUGCCCGAGUUCAUGCAGUGA